UGCCAAACUGUGAGUCGCAGUCUAUCGGCUUCCUUAGUAUUCCUUCCCACUGUCCGAGCGCGUCACGCACGAAGGGAGACCGCCGCCGCGGCCGCGGCCGGAGGAGCGGCUGCAUGGAGAUUGACAGAAAGAAAGAAGAGGUGUCCCGAUCCGCGCCUCCUUAUUUUUCAACCAACGCGUCGAUACCCCGCUACGUUCCUCGUGAGAAAAAAAAGCCCCACAUGAGGCCCAUGAAUCUGAGGCGCAAGAAUUUGGCCCCCUGACUGACUGGGGUCGUCUGGCAGUCUUGAAGGCACCGCCGCCGUCAUGUGAAAGAAUGGCUUCCUUCGGCGCCUCGCACGCAUUAAGCCCCGGAGACAAAAAGCGGGUGUCCGCUGGGCGUCAAGUGUGCUAUAAAAGGCGAGACGUGGCCUUCGAGCUCGCCGAGUUAGGCCGCGUUUGAGGAGAAACCAGAAUCGGCGGGUGUCUUUGAACAGCUCCUGAAGCUCCGCCAUGGUGAUGUCCCAGGGCACGGCCACCUUCGUGGCUUGUUUCAGCGGCUUCUGGUUGGUGUGGGCGCUGGUGGUCACGUUGUGCUGUUUCUGCAACGUCCUGCAGCGUCGCCUCAAGCGCCGCGGCGAGGCUCGCCCGAGGGAGAGCAGUCUCCGGACGGCGGAGACGCCGGGGUGUCCCGCCGUAUCGGCCUUGGCCGAAGCGCCGGGGGAAUCGCAGGCCUUCUCGCUGCGGCCGGUUCCCCUUCGUGCUCAUCGACCGUUGCCGGAAGGCCGGCAGGUUACUUUGGCGGGUGUUCCCGACCCAGAGGAAAGCGGGAACCCGCCCUGUUACGAGGAGGCGGUGCUGAUGGAGGACCCGCCGCCGCCGUACGCCCUCGUUUCGAAGGAACCGCCCGGGGGCGUCGGCUUCUUUAAAGACACCCCGCUUCCAGAAGCUAGCCCGGAGUCGCGCAAGCCACCGUUUACGUUCCCCGAGCGGGGCUAUUCCUCCCUCGUCCGUUGGCUUCCGUCGCAGCCCCGGGACCCGAGCGGUCGCUUCGGCUCGGGCGGGGACCCGAAGCCGGACGACCGGCGCCCGCCGGGCGGCUUUACGGCGACCCUCCCCCGCCGAGACGCCGGACGGGGACUCGGACCGGGGUUCUCCGGGAGAGUCGGAGGACCGGAGUGCGCUCGCGGGCUUCCGGCCGCUUUCGCCCUGUUGGGUCGGAGUACCGCCGUCUAAGGUGCGGCUCUAGGGACACCGACGAACGAAAAAUUGCAUUCCCCAGGCUUUCCUUGGCGGGGGUGGAAUUGAGCUAGCCGAUUCAUCGCGAGGGUCCGUCCGGAACUCCGUCCGACCGGCUCUUGGCCUUCUCCAUUUCCUCAUGAAAAGAGGAACAAAGAAUGUCACUAAAAGGGGAAACUACGUUUUUGCUCUUCUGUCAUUCUGUGGACCAUGGCGGAUAUAUGGAACAGUCCGUCUGGCGUGUCUGGCUAAGUGAGACACUUGUUCACACAGUUCUUCCCACAGAUCACAUGCGGGUGAUAGUCUUUCCUGGUUGGAAAUAGCUCUUUUGUUCACAAUUUCACAAAAUAUAAGAAGAACGUUUUCACUGAUUUGGGGACUUUUUCCACAUUUAAAUAGUAGUAGGAAGGGGAAAACUACUAUUUUGUCCAUUUUUGAUUUUAUUUUUAGGCUAUCAAAUGUAGUUUCAUCACCCAGCAUUGCCACUCUUCAAUAAUAGGAUGUGUUGCUGGGCAACCCAGGCCUAGUUACCUACUAGCGCGCACGCCCACACCUACACGCGCAUAUAGUCACGGCAACAGUCAUCACAACACAAGAGUACACACGCUGCUAUAUUGAGGGAAGAGGGGGGGGAAAAAAGUCUGAUACUCAGUACCUUUAGAAAACAAUUUUAAUUUGAAUGCGUCAGUGAACAGAUAUGGACAAAUGGAAAACAUCAGCAUGUCUACUGUAUUAUACGUACUGUACUCUACAGUAUAUGGAAAGCAGAUUAUAUAAGACCGGAGUCAGGCGUGGAUGAGAUGGAAACAAACGACGGUGACGUGAGACUAAAGGCAUCUUCUGAGGAUUAUAAGAGCAGUUUUCAUUCAAAUUGAAAGAUGGGCAUUUCUUUUUCAGCAAACAUAAAAUUUGUGAGUUGUUUUCGGGAAAAAAGUCCUAAAAUGAAGAAAUAAAAAUUGCUAUAGUACAAGGCAAAAAGUAUUAGGCUGUCAUUCCCCUCAACUCUCCUCCCGAAAUAUUUUUGUUUUGAAAUCACAUCAAAAAUAGGCAAAUUUUUUUCACCAAGCCCCGCCCUUUCUCCAUCAUAUUUUACUUUUUGGUAUUGCAUUUUGUUUCUUAAAAAAGAUUCUUAUGUUGAACAUGGACUUUUUCCACUCAUGAUGUCAAAAUGUUUAUAAUAUUACAACUGUUUUCACCUAAUAUGAAGUAUGAUCAUGAUU